UGAGUAUGUGUGAUAGAUGGAAACUCAUCAUCAUCACCACUACUGCCAAGGCACCACAUUCCUUGGUCACCUUCCUCGACCACCUCAACCUCUCUAUUCUCCUCAUCCAUGGCGACCCUUUUCCACAAAACCCAUUUCUCAUUCUCGCAUAUCUUUCUCCUCCAACAACUUCCCACGUUGGAAUUCCAACGAUGAAACUUUUCGACCUCCAAACUUCAACUUCAACAAUGCCAGAACAACGUCUCAAGAAGAAGAUGAAGAAGAGGAAUACGAUGAUGAUGAAUUUGGGAAGAAGAGAAGGUGGUGGUCUGAUGAGUAUACAGAAGAAACUGAAGAAGAAGGAAAUAGUGGAAUUUUGGAAGAUGCUUUAGAUAGUUUGUGGAUUCUCAAGGUUUUUAAAUCCUAUGGUUGGACGCUGCCCAUCAUCCUUGCGUCAUGGUUGCUUUCUACCGGCCCAAAAGCUUUCCUCAUGGCAUUAGCAAUACCUCUCGGUCAGUCAGCACUUGCACUGGCAUUUGAGAAAUUAUGGGGACGGACCGAGAGCAAACCAAAGCGCAAGUAUAGGAUGAAGAGGAAACGCCGAAAUGUAAAUGACAGCCGAGUUGAGGAAGAGCCGGAAGAAAACCAGAAAACUAAUACGAGGAAGGCAGGGAUGCAGUCAUGGGUAGUUGAGAACAACGGUUCGGUUGAUAGUGGCAGCCGAGAUGCACCAAGUUUUGGUGGAUGGGAUGACUUGGAGCGAGCUAGGCCAACAACAAGGAGAUCACAAGCAAGGAAAGGGUCACAAAGGAUGAAUGUGGAAGGUGGUAGGUUGAGUAGGAGAGAAAGAAAAAGUGAUACGCCCCUCUUGGUUCGAUUGCUUAUCGCUAUUUUUCCAUUUUUGGGCACAUGGACAAAGAUGCUGUAAAAGUUUCCUCCAUAGUGAAUUUGAGCUUUGAUGAGUUGGAUUAUGAUUCUUUUUAUGGAAUUUGAAUAGAUUUGUAAUGUGAAAUCAACAACAGAUACGAUGUAUAGCAUAUAAUCACAUGUGUAGUAGGAAUAAACUAGGGAUGUGUACCUGUUAUGGUUGUAGGAUCCAUACUCCAUAAAAUUAUAAGCAAAUUCCAAUUUUUUUACAUCUUCCUCACAUGAAAAGAACUCAAGUAGUAACUUCAAUGAUUGUAUUAAGGUGCCCAACAUGUGAUUGAACAAGAUGAUGAACUUUAAAUUUAUGUUCAUCAGAUAAAUGGUUUUUAGACA